AUGACUUUCAGAGAACUGGGAGUUGUGCUUGGAGUGAGGUACCCCCCCCCCCCUAUGGCGGACCUCAUUCUCGCACUGAACGACUUCGUGGGGAAGGCAGUGGAACACUCGACAACGCUGACCGGGGGAACCGAAGCGUGUUCGCCCGGAGGAUAUCCAGCGACGUCGUCGCGUCGCCAGAGAGAUGGCCCGGUUCAAGGCCAUCCUUCGCCGCAACACCUUCAUUCGGACGGCAACGAUAACUACUUAUUGUCGCCGAAUGUCGCAGAACAUGGAAGCAGGCGAUGCCAUGGAGGGACGGACGAUGCUGCGGAAGACACAACUAUGCAAUCGCGAUCUAUGGACGAACGGCGAAGACAAAACGACGACGACAUCUUUGUAAGCAGGGCACAGCAUCGUUGA